AUUACCAUACUAUGAUAGUUACAUGGUUUAGGGCAUGUUUGAAAUGCACUGGUAUCGCGCCCAAACCGCAUAGCCUCUAUCAUGAAGCACAUCAAGAAGGGUUAUAAUCUAUCAUAACACAUACGCAGAAGAUGUCUGAAGCUAUGCAUGCGUAAGCGUAAUAUAAAGGUACUACUGGUAGUGCUCGGGUGUUGCUGUGGGUAGUAAUCCCAGGUAGCACACCUGUUCGUGUAUCUCUGCUCAUCUAUCGGUCAUGAUGCGCUGGCGUCUCCCAGUCACGCAAGAACAAACCAUCACUUGCUACAAUGACUUGGGCAAGCCAGAAACACACGGUCUAGAGCAAAGAUAUGUCAGCCCUAGCACUGGAAUCUGUCAAAAGCUUGUCGUGCAAGCCGUCACUCCCCUCGGCAAACACGAAGUUGCCAUCAGCAACCGCAACAACCAGGCAAGCAAGAUCGCCAUGCGGUUGCUAGACAAUUCCUCUAUUCGAUGGUGGUUCACUUUUAAAUGGAUUAGCUUAUUGUCGUUGUUUGCAUUGAAGCUCUUAUUGUCAUUCGUUUGGCUGCUCGUACAGAUUUUCGUUUCCGCCGAGAUGGCGGAUGACAGUUGGGGGGAUACGGAGAUACAUAACAUUGGAUACUACAAACGGUAUGCUCGCCGAUUCAGUGGUCAGCUAUGGGCAGCUCGUUCGCCUAUUGAGCAUUCUUCGCGCACUAUCGAUGAGGGCGAGAUGGAUAUCCCCACACGUACCCUUUAUCCUCGACUUCUUAUCAUCCACGACCCGAUCCGAAAUGAAUGGGUCCCAUGUGCAGAUCGCGACAUCAUCAUCCAUACCAAAUUCAUCGCCAUCUCUUUCUACUCCGCUGAUGCCUACGCUAAAGGCCCAGAUCAGGAGACAGAAACGGCUCAGUUCAUAGAGGAGGUUCGUGCAGCGGUGCUCGGACAGAAAUACAAUGCAUAUUGGCUUGACUUGGAGUGUGUAGGAAAGAUGCCGUCAGAGAAGAAUCGGGAUGUGUACUGCAUGGCAGAUGUCUACCGUGGAGCAGAGAUGACUUUGAUCAUUCUCGGCAAAUUUGCGGAUGGGGAGAGUAAAUGCUGGAGAGGCUGGGGUGAACGGGUGUGGACUAUGCCCGAAGCCCUCCUGAGCCCCCACCUUUGCUACAAGUUCCGAGAUCGGGAAGCGGUUAUGCCGUUGUCGUUGUUUCAGCUGGCCAACCUGGCCUAUACAUGCUACGAUAUCGAACAGGCUAUCAUCAACGCGUACAGCGGGAAGGAUCCGCUUGAGAGGUUGGAGCGCUUGAUGCUGUUGAAAUCAGCUAUAUGGCGGCGCAAUGCGGCACACGACGUGUACAAGGCUCAGCAUGUGUAUGCGCUGAUGGGCUUUUUUGAGCACCGGAUUCAGCCAAACCACUCGGAGGACGAUAUGCACGCUCUUGUGAGGCUGUCAAUGGCCAAUGACGAUGACCGUAUCGUUGAGCGGAUGGUAUCCAUGCUGCCUUCGACCAUCACCGAGAAGGCAUGUUGGUACUCUGACGAUGAUAUCUACGGUGCCAACCUUUGGGAUAUUCUACCGGAGAUCCAGGUCGCUGGUAUCACGGAGAAUGGAGCUCUUGUGGUUGAUGGGUGUCGGGCGGCAGCUAUCAGAUGGAAAGGUUUCCCGGAGGUUGUACCCGCAACCACAAAUUCGUUGAAAAGGUCCAUCAUCGGUUUCGUUCCGUAUCUCUCGUGGCCAAUCAUUAUCUCUGGACUAUGUAUUGUUACGACCAACCGAGCGGGAGACAUCACACUCGUCGUAAUUGGAGUCGUGCUCCUCCUUGUUUCCCCUUGGCUGUUCGUUUACAGUCAAUCUGGGCGUAUCCUCAGCUCACAACCAUGGUUCAUCGGAGUGAAAGGGGUCAUCAGCAUCGCAGAGGCAGAGAGGCACUUAUACGGUGCUGUCACUGGUGAACACUUCCCAAGAAUGUUUUUCACGCCGAGCGGAUCACAGUUCUCGGCUCCAGAACAAGGCACGAAACGGGCAGGGUCGCCCACACAAUACAGCAAUGCCAAACAAGCAGAUAGCGGACCAGAUGCGGGACACAUCUAUACACUCAUCGACACGUGCUCGUCGACGAUGUACUAUUUCCGUGCGGAGCGACCACCAACGGUGUGUAUAUUCGCGGGACGGGAGGGAGGGCUUGGGAGAUUUGUGCUAUGUUCGGAGAGGUGUAAUAUUAAUGAGCUGCAUAAGGAGAGCGUGUUGAGGAUGCCGACGGAGAUCAGUGAUAAAAUGGAGUUGUGUGGAUGGGUUGCGCUUGGAUGAGAUUGUUUUGCUAUGAAAUUUGCUAUAAGACCUUUCACUGUUCAGGCUUGAAUAUGUAUGUACCAACUUUUGUCGAGCGUUUUUCAGUCACGUGACUUUCGGGCCGUUUAUGCUUUUCAAUGAGCAUCAGUAUUUAUAUCAUCAGAAACAAAGUCAAAACCUCCACUCGACCCAUGCUUAUGUACACCCUCAUCACCAUCCACGUCCUCAUACCUCACUAUCAUCUACGCCCUUGUCCAUACUAGUACUCUCAGCACCAUUGUACACGUGCUCAGAUGCGUGCAAAGGCACUCUCGCAAGACAUGAAACUCGCCGUCAUCUCAAUUCUACUUUGCCAAAUCUUUACUGAU